GUUUAUCUCCCACAGGCAGCUGAGCUGCCUCCUGUUUUGUGAGCAGAGCAGUGGAAUGCAGUGGAAGAGACCCAGGCCUCCGGCCAUCCAGAUUAGAGAGUUUUGUGCUGAGGUCCCUAUAUGGUUGUGUUAGACUGAACGACAGGCUCGAGUCUAUCUUUGUUCCUUGUUUGGGAAGCAAGUGGGAGGGGAACAGGCCAAUGGGCUAUAUAACCCUUCGGAGUUCAGCUUUCCUGAACACCACCCAGCGUGGAGAAGCCCAGCCAAGCACUGUCAGGAACCCCGUGAAGUAGCUCCGCUAUGUGUGAAGAAGAAGACAGCACCGCCUUGGUGUGUGACAACGGCUCUGGGCUCUGUAAGGCCGGCUUUGCGGGGGACGAUGCUCCCAGGGCCGUUUUUCCAUCCAUUGUGGGACGUCCCCGACAUCAGGGGGUGAUGGUGGGAAUGGGACAAAAAGACAGCUACGUGGGUGAUGAAGCACAGAGUAAAAGAGGAAUCCUGACCUUGAAGUACCCAAUAGAACACGGCAUCAUCACCAACUGGGACGACAUGGAAAAGAUCUGGCAUCACUCUUUCUACAACGAGCUUCGUGUCGCCCCUGAGGAGCAUCCAACCUUGCUCACGGAGGCACCCCUGAACCCCAAGGCCAACCGGGAGAAAAUGACCCAGAUCAUGUUUGAGACUUUCAAUGUCCCAGCCAUGUAUGUGGCCAUCCAGGCGGUGCUGUCGCUCUACGCCUCUGGUCGCACAACUGGCAUUGUUCUGGACUCUGGAGAUGGUGUCACCCACAAUGUGCCCAUCUAUGAGGGCUACGCCCUGCCCCACGCCAUCAUGCGUCUGGACCUGGCUGGCCGAGAUCUCACCGACUACCUCAUGAAGAUCCUGACUGAGCGUGGCUAUUCCUUCGUGACUACCGCUGAGCGUGAGAUCGUCCGGGACAUCAAGGAGAAACUGUGCUACGUGGCUCUGGACUUCGAAAAUGAGAUGGCCACCGCCGCAUCCUCCUCCUCUCUUGAGAAGAGCUACGAGCUUCCUGAUGGGCAGGUGAUCACCAUCGGAAAUGAACGCUUCCGUUGCCCAGAGACCCUAUUCCAGCCAUCUUUCAUCGGGAUGGAGUCUGCUGGCAUCCAUGAAACCACCUACAACAGCAUCAUGAAGUGUGAUAUUGACAUCAGGAAGGACCUCUAUGCUAACAACGUCCUCUCCGGGGGCACCACCAUGUACCCUGGCAUUGCCGACAGGAUGCAGAAGGAGAUCACGGCCCUCGCGCCCAGCACUAUGAAGAUCAAGAUCAUUGCCCCUCCAGAGCGCAAAUACUCCGUCUGGAUCGGAGGCUCCAUCCUGGCCUCCCUGUCCACCUUCCAGCAGAUGUGGAUCAGCAAGCAGGAGUAUGACGAAGCGGGCCCCUCCAUCGUCCAUCGCAAAUGCUUCUAAAACACUUCCCUGCGCUCUGUCUCCAGCACACAACUGUGAAUGUUUUGUGGAAUAAUGCCUUCAGUUCUUUUCCAAACCAUUCCUAGCCAAAGCCCUGACUUGUUACCUAUGUGUUUUUUAAUAAAGCUGAAAUAUGCUACUGGUA